CUGACCUCAUGAGUGUGAUAAACUGAAUUUUGUGGAUCUAUCGCGCAAAAUACAGUGAUGUCCGACAAGGAUUUCCCCUUACAAAAGAAUUUGCCUAUCAGUAGUUUACCAAAUGAUCAUCAAAAUGUACAAUAUUUAGAAGAUGGUACAAUUGAAGUCACUGAUACAUUAUCAAAAGAAGAAUAUUACAAAAGUUUACGCCGUCGUUGUACUACAGGCAAUAGUCAAAAUACAAGACAAUAUGGAUUAUCUAGUCAAUUGAGCCUGGAAACUUCUCAAUGUGGUACAUUACGUUCUGGAUUUGGUAAACGUAAAGGUACAUUGCAUGAUUUUAAACCGUCUGGAAAAGAAGAACUAUGUUAUAUUCUCAUGUUAGAAGGAGUAGAAAAAACAUAUACCAUAGAUAAAAAUGCUCAUGGGAUUCAUUUAUUUGAAAAAGUUUGUAAACAGUUAGAUUUACAAGAAACUGAAUAUUUUGGCUUGACAUAUCGAACUAGUUUACGUGUAGAUAAUUGGCUGAAACUUGAUAAACGUAUAGCUAAACAAUUAGAAAAAAUACCAUGGAAACUAGAAUUUCGUGUUCGAUUCUAUCCACCAAAUAUUGAUAUAUUCAAAGAUGAUUUAACGCGUUAUUUUUUAUGUUUACAAUUAAGGCAAGAUAUUAUCUCUGGACAGAUUCCAUGUUCACAUCAUACUUAUGUUGUUCUUGGUGCAUAUGUUGUUCAAUCAGAUGCUGGAGAUUAUGAUCCAAAUACACAUAUAGGAACAGAAUAUAUUGCCAAUAUUCCAUUUGCACCACAACAAUUACAAACUACAAAAAUGCUUCAACAAAUUGUUGAAUUACAUAAACUUCAUAAAGGACAAAGUUUAGUUCAGGCUGAUCGAGGAUUUUUGGAAAAUGCCAGACGACUUUCACUUUAUGGGGUUGAGUUUCACAGGGCAAAAACGAUUGCGGGCGAAAGUAUAUGUUUAGGUGUAUAUCACGGUGGAAUAUUACUUUAUCAUGGGAUGUUAAGGGUUAAUCGGUUUUUGUGGCCUCAAAUUGUAAAAAUAUUGUACAAGUCAAAAAAUUUCAUUAUUGUCGUUAGAUCAAUGCAUAGUGAAACUUUGAGUAAACGUGGAACUCUAAGAAGAACAUUAUCACCUGGUGGUUUGAAAGUAUCUGAUAAAAAGUUCAAUGGUUCUGAGUCCAUUCAUGAUGUAACACUGACUUUUCAGUGUACAGAUCCCCGUUUGGCCAAAAGAUUAUGGGAUUCUUGUACUUCGCAACAUGCAUUUUUCCGUUUACGUGAUACACCAGGACCCCAAAGAUCUAAUCUUACAACAGCCUUUAGUACGCGAAAAUAUCAUUUUACAAGUAAAUCAUUCGAUGCAUAUUCAAGAGAACCUAGUUCAGAAUGGAUUCCACGACAACAGCCUCCAAUUAAGCGAGUACAAACUCAAAGAAAGCCGAUUCAGUACAAAUCUCCUUCAGCUAGUCCAUCAAAACAACAACAUCAAGUAUCUGGUAGUGUUGCACCAGUUGCUUAUGGAGAAGAACCUGAUCAGUAUUAUUUGAUGCCUGGGACACCUUCUCCUUUACCAGCUAAUUCAGUUAAUGUUGAUGUUUUGCAAAAUUUACCACCAUCUUACCGUAAACCAGGUCCAAUUCGAGUACCUUUACCAGAAGAUCACUGGCAAAUGUCAGCAGCUGAUUGUACACAAGGAUUAGGAAGAAAUAUUGAUGGAACAGACAUAGCAGCAAUGCCAGAAACAGAAUGGCAAGGUUGCCGUACAAAUUGGGGUUUAAAAGGUCCAGGAGCUUAUUACUACGAAGCAUGUAUGCUUGAAGAAGGUCAAGUACGUUUAGGUUGGUCAACAAAUGAUGCUAGCCUAAUUCUCGGGACAGAUUCUAAAGGCUUUGGUUAUGGAGCUGAUAAAACAGGUAUUGGAUCAGCUGAUAAUCCUCAUCCAGUUGGCAAAUUUAUCUACGCAAAUAAUUCAAUUGAUUACGGAAUGCCAAUCGUACCAGGAGAUGUAGUUGGAUGUUAUUUAGAAUUAAAUCCGAGUGCUGAUAAAGAUCAUCGACGAAUCGAUAUACACUAUAGUUACAAUGGCCAAUUAUUAGAAACUCCAAACUUUAAACUUGUUGAAACAUUAACUCCAGAUAUAGCACUCUUCCCUGCCGUAUCACUUAAAAAUGCCAGAGUUGAAGUAAACUUUGGUGACAAGCCAUUUAAUUUUCCACCUAAAACUACCCCUUCGACUAAUAAACAUUGGGUAGCAGUAUCAUACGCCCCCGAUUCUUCAAUUGUAUGUAAUCGGAAUGUUGGUUGGCGGGUGAACCCAAAUGAUGUAACAUCAAGUACAAAUUUAUUAGUAUCACCUAAUGGUCGAUUUGUACAAGCUGUAGAAAAUACCGGAUGGCAAGGCUUUAGAGUGAACAAAGGAAUAUUUGGUGAUAGAGCUUAUUAUUAUGAAGUGAGAAUUGUUGAAGACUCUGGAUUAGCACGUAUUGGUUGGUCAUUUGAAAAUGGAUCAUUAGAUCUUGGUAUAGAUUGUUUUGGUUUUGGAUAUGGAGCUGAUCGAGAUGGUUUUGGCAUAAAUGGAUCACAGGGGAAAAAACUUCAUAGUGAUAUCAUUGAAAAUUAUGGUGAAGCCUUCCGUAAAGAUGAUGUAAUUGGUUGUUUUCUUGAUCUGAGUAACGGAAUAAUACAAUGGUCAAAAAAUAAUCGCUUAUUUGGUCCUGCUUAUGAAAUUGACAAAAAAUUAUUAAAAAACAAUGAACCAAUCUAUCCUGCAGCUUCUUUGGUCGAUACUACUUUAGAAUUAAAUUAUGGUGACUUACCAUUUAAAUAUCCACCAGAAGACGAUUGGACUCCAUUAUUUGCAGCUUCAGACGAAUAUGUAUUCGAAUCACCAAAAUGGCCUAGUUCAAAUACGGUCAAACACAACAGUCACUCAAGAAAACAUUUAGUUACUCAUAAUACAAAGACAGAAGUAUAUACUGAAGAUCAGAAAGAAAUCAGUCUAAAUUCAGUCAGUGACACAUAUGGUCAUUCUACAAUAAUAAAUAAUAAUCUUGGCAGUGAUAACAACAAUGUAAAAAGUAGCAGCCCAAGUAAACUAGAAGAUAUUCCUGUAGAAUCAAUACGUAUAGAAUCCCCUUCAUCAAGUGAUCAACAAGAAGAUGAAGUAAGAAUGUUCCUGGAAACUUGUGAACCAAUUACUGAAAGUCAUUUUGAUGCCUUAUAUAACACUUAUACAAAUCAUCCGUCUACGGAGCGAUCUGAAUCACAAAUGAAAACAAAACCCAAUGGAACAUAUCACCGUAAUCCUAUAUCAAAUUUUCACGCUGAUAUUAUUACUCCUACAUGCGUCGAUUCUGAAUUCCAUCAAAGUUCUAUAACGUUGAUAGACUCUGAUCUUGCACUAGAGCAAGCCAUUCUACAGACUACACAUUUAAAUCCACAUACGGCAGUCCUAACGAACACAUUGGAUUCAUAUACAAAUAAUAAUAAAAGUAAUCAUAAAUAAUGAUCUUAUUGAGUUGAGUAACAAAUCAAUGUCAAGAAUCACUUCCAUCAAUCCAAUGAUAAAUCAUCUUAACUAGAAUAAAAAAGGACUUUUUUAUAUCGAAAUAUUAAAAAAAAAUUAAAAAAAUAAAAAAAAAACAAUAACAAUCAACGAUAACAACUAUUUAUAUUUUUUUUAAAUUAAAAUUACAAUACUACUUAUUUUAGUUUAUUGAAGAAAAAAAAUUCAAUUAUGAAAUAUUCACAUUAAAUGCCUUAGUAAAUAUAAAUUUUCAUGUUUAUAUAACUAGACUAAUUCUUUAUUUUUUAAUUUGUUUUAUUACUCUUUAUAAUAAUGAUAACAUAAAUAGAGAUAUUAGAAGACAACAACAUCAUCAACAACAACAACAACAACGAAUAGAUCAUUUCCAAUGUAUAUCUUUUGAUUUCCCUUAAAUUCUAACUGCUGAUAUUUAUGAAAUGAAUAAAGAUCAUUUCUAUUCUCAUUUCUAUGAACAUAUUUAAAUUUCUUAUGAAUAAUGAUUAAUUCAUUGUUAUUUUGUCAAUGACAUUUAUUCCUUGAUCAUGAUCUUGUUGAAUGUUUAAAAAACAACAAGAUUAUUUUUCGUUGAAACCAAGUUGGGUUUUUUUUUUAAAAAAAAUACUUUUAUGAUCGAUUAAUACAUAUACCUAGUUGAACUAUAAAUUUCAAUAUUAGAAAAAAACAACAUUUCGUAUAGACUUUUCUUAAAUAUUAAAGAUUAUAGCGAAUAAUUAGCAUAGAAUAAUGGCGCCUGCUUUAGAAAUAUAAACUACAAACACUGAGUUAAAUAUCAACGAAAUCUUACUUGAAAAACUUUUUUUUGUUUCGUGUAUUUAGUUUUUAUACUGUAAGCAAGUGAACAUUGUUUAUAAGAAAAGAUUCGAACUGAUAAAUAUAUACAUAUAUCGUUAAGUGUAUCAUCCUGAAAGAAGUUUUAUCAAUCAUCAAAGAAAAAGUUCAUCAAUAUCAUCACCACUAAUUAUCUCAAAUGGUUUAUAUAUACAUAUAAGUUCAGUAUAUUCUUGUUUUCUGUUCCCUUUUAAAUAUUCUGAUUUACUUAGCUUCAUUAAUAUUUCUAUUACUACAAGUUCAUCGUUUGUAUCAUUUAAAAUAUCCACUUAUAUUAUUAAUUUUUUUGUUUCUAUGCAAACAUUUUAUGUAAAUGAACUGUAAUCAAAUCUUUUGGAAAAAAAAAAGAAAAAACAAAUGAAUAUGACACCUUUCUUUUUUUUUCUAUUUCUCCAAUGUUAGUUUCAUUCAUCCAUUUAUUUGUUGAUCAAUUUCUUUUGGGUUUCUUUAAUUUUAUAUUUUAUAAAUGUUUGUUCCAAAUUGUUUUUUUUAUUUUUAUUUUUUAGAUAAAUAAAAAUAUAUAUACAUCAGUGA